ACACUGGUCAUGCCGGUACCCACGGAGGGUACCCCGCCACCACUGAGUGGUACUCCCGCUCCAGUCCCUGCCUACUUCCGCCAUGCAGAACCUGGCUUCUCCCUCAAGAGGCCCCAGGGGCUCAGUCGGAGCCUCCCGCCCCGGCCACCUGUCAAGGGCAGCGUCCCCAUUAGCCGCCUCUUCCCUUCUCGGACCCCAGGCUGGCACCAGCCCCGGCCCCGGAGCGUGUCCUUUCGGGGUGAGGCCUCAGAGCCCCUGCAGAGCUCAAGCUAUGACCCAAGCCGGCCUGAGUCCUUUUUCCAGCAGUGUUUCCAGCAGGUCGGCCGCCUGGGCCGAGGCUCCUAUGGAGAGGUGUUCAAGGUGCGCUCCAAGGAAGACGGCCGGCUCUACGCCAUCAAGCGCUCUAUGUCACCAUUCCGGGGCCCUAAGGACCGUGCCCGCAAGCUGGCCGAGGUGGGGGGCCACGAAAAGGUGGGACAGCACCCAUGCUGCGUGCGGCUGGAGCGCGCCUGGGAAGAGGGUGGCCUGCUAUACCUGCAGACGGAGCUGUGCGGGCCCAGCCUACAGCAGUACUGUGAGACCCGGGGUGCCGGCCUGCCCGAGGCCCAGGUCUGGGCUUACCUACGGGACACUUUGCUGGCCCUGGCCCACUUGCACGGUCAAGGCCUGGUCCACCUGGACAUCAAGCCCGCCAACAUCUUCCUGGGGCCACGGGGACAUUGCAAGCUGGGUGACUUUGGGCUGCUGGUGGAGCUGGGCACUGUCGGACCCGGUGAGGCCCAAGAAGGGGACCCCCGCUACAUGGCCCCUGAGCUGCUUCAGGGCUCUUAUGGGACGGCGGCAGACGUGUUCAGUCUGGGCCUCACCAUCCUGGAAGUGGCCUGUAACGUGGAGCUGCCUCAUGGUGGUGAGGGCUGGCAGCAGCUGCGUCAGGGGUACCUGCCCCCCGAGUUCACUGCGGGCUUGUCUUCUGAGCUGCGCCACGCCCUUACCAUCAUGCUAGAGCCAGACCCCACGCUGCGGACCACAGCGGAGUCCCUGCUGAGCCUGCCCAUGCUCCGGGAACCCAGGCCCUGGAGCGUUCUGUGGUACAUGGCGGCCGAAGCCCUGAGCCGAGGGUUGGCACUGUGGCAGGCCCUGCUUGCUCUGCUAUGCUGGCUCUGCCACAGGCUGGCCCACCCUGCCAGCUGGUUGCAGCCCCCUGGCCCUCCAGCCACACCACCUGGCUCACCACCGGGCAGCUUCCUCUUGGACAGCAGCUUCUGCAGCCACUGGGAGGAUGACAGCUUCGGGCCCUUGAUGACGCCACAGGCCAUGCUGGCCAGGACCUCAGGGAGCACGUCCACCCCCCACAGUGGCUCCCCUGCCCCCUGGCAGAGCAGGUACACACUUGGGGACCCCCUGGACCUAAGUGACACCGACUCAGCAGCUCCUCAGAGCCCCUUCCCCACCUUUGAGCCCCGGAACCUCCUCAGCCUAUUUGAGGACUCCCUGGACCCUACCUGA